CCCCUCCCAGCGCAGGUCCCGACUCCAGCCGCACCUCCUCCGGCUCUGCAGUGGCGGCGGGGAGACGAGCCGGAGCGCCUGCGGGGCCGGAGGCGAGCCGGGGUCGCGGCGGCAGCGGGGACCCUCGGAGGCGGGGCCAGUGGGACCGCGAUGGGCGUGGAGAUCGAGACCAUCUCCCCGGGAGACGGAAGGACGUUCCCCAAGAAGGGCCAGACUUGUGUGGUGCACUACACAGGAAUGCUCCAAAAUGGCAAGAAAUUUGAUUCAUCGAGAGACAGAAACAAGCCUUUCAAGUUCAGAAUUGGCAAACAGGAAGUUAUCAAGGGUUUUGAAGAAGGCGCAGCCCAGAUGAGUUUGGGGCAGAGGGCGAAGCUGACCUGCACCCCUGAUGUGGCGUACGGAGCCACGGGCCAUCCUGGUGUCAUCCCUCCCAAUGCCACCCUCAUCUUUGACGUGGAGCUGCUCAACUUAGAGUGAAGGCAGGAAGGAACCGAGGUAGCUGGAGAUGGCUGCUGCUCACCCUCCUAGCCUGCUCUGCCCACUGGGACGGCUCCUCCUGCUUGGGGCUCUUGACCAGUGCGCUAACCUCACUGCCCCACGGCAUUCUCUCUGCCCCAGUUGCUCUGUAUGUGUUCGUUGUCAUUGUUCAUGCGCAUCUUUGCUUGAGGAAACUUCAGUAGCAAAUGGAAGCAUUUCAGGUUGUGCAUUAUGAAUGAUGCAUGUUGCAGUCAUUCCUGAUCACAGAACACAGAAUUCUCGUUUGCACAAUCUACACUGCCUUAUCUUUACUUAAGCCAGUCACACAAGGUGCUCAGACAUGAAAUGUCCAUGGUGUGCACAGAGGGAGUUGAGCCAGUUUACCUUUGCUGUCAGUUUCUCUCUUAAGAAAUUUUGUUGGCUGCUGACCUAAACAGUGUUCUCUUCACAACUGAUAUGUUAAAUAAAGGCUCUGUGCUUGACAAA